CACAAACCUGGCAACCCUAGAAAAAAGGGGCGGACAUAACCGGUUUCGGUGAUCAAAACCCUCCGUCCGUGAUUUUCCAAACAUAUCCGCUGAACAGAAACGAUUUUUGUGGCGCAUAAACAUCGCGUCGCCAUUUUUUUCCUUUUUACAACAAAAACUAAACAAAACAAAAACCGUGCGCGUGCGAGACUGGGCGCAACAUCAGCACCAAAGCGCAGCAUCCUCCGCUAUCAGUCAUCUUUCUGCUGCUUCCUGCUUUAGUGAAUUCAUCUGAUUAGCAGAGAAUGAGUGAAGAGGAGAACCCUGCUGCUGAACCCGUACAGGUCCUGGACGUCCAGGGUGAUGGACGCUGGAUGUCACAGCACAACCGCUUCGUUCAGGAGUGUAAGGAUGCGGAACCUGACGUGCUGUUUGUCGGGGACUCCAUGGUACAGCUGAUGCAGCAGUACGAGGUGUGGCGAGAGCUCUUUUCUCCACUCCACGCACUCAACUUCGGGAUCGGAGGAGACACGACGUGCAAUGUUCUGUGGAGGCUGCAGAACGGAGAACUGGAGAACAUCAGGCCACGGGUGGUGGUGCUGUGGGUAGGAACCAAUAAUCACGAGCACACGGCGGAGCAGGUCGCAGGCGGAAUCGUGAGCAUAGUACAGCUGCUCAUCUCACGCCUUCCAAAGGCCAAGAUCGUCAUCCUGGGUCUGUUACCCAGGGGCGAGUUCCCGAACCCUCUGAGGGAUAAGAACGCAGCAGUUAACACCUACCUGCGCUGCGCCCUCCCUCGCCUCGGACCCGUGCAGUUCCUGGACGUGGGUGGCAGCUUUGUGCACUCUGACGGCACCAUUUCCUGCCGAGACAUGUUCGACUUCCUGCACCUGACGGCCAGCGGUUACGGCGCCAUCGCCACGCCCCUGCACGAGCUGCUGCUCCAGCUGUUGGAGGAGACACCGCAGGAGAGGCGGGCCUCGCUCGUGUGAGAGGAGACGACAUGGGCGCAGGGGGGUUCAGAGAGGCAGGGUUCAGGAAUCCGUCACAUCCUUUAAGUGGAACACGUACAUCAUUACAUAAUAUAUGCGGAGAGAGAGAGAGAGAGAGAGAGAGUGAGUGAUAAAUGUUGGCAAAAUGUGAAAAAAGUGGGAAACUUCUUUGCUAAUUCUCAGAAAUGUGUGUGUUUUAAUCAUUUUUUCUAAUGUGCUUUAAUUUAUUUAAGUGUUUCUUGAGAUUUAUGGCAAAGUCCUCACAAAUAUAUAUACAACACUGAGCACUGUGUGUGUGUGUGUGUGUGUGUGUGUGUGUGUGAGCCACCUCAACAAACUGGAUAAUAAACAAUGACACCCUGCGCACCUUUAAUGCUUUAGCGUAGCACUGAUACUGCCAGCUUCUUACACACACCUUUCCAGAAAGAUCUAUUCAGUGUGUAAUGAAAGAUGGCUGCUAUGUUUCAGAUUACACACACAACCAUACACACUGGAGCUACAAGGCUAAUGUAGGUUCAUGUAUCCCCCAAACUCUUUCCUAUAAAUAAAUACGUCUAAAUCUUUAUGCACGGGUUUUACACAGAAGGUCCGUGAAUUCAUUUCCAAACUAAAAUUCUAGAAAAGAACCUGAAGCUUCACGGUGGAGCUCUAUUAGCAUCCGCCACCUCGGUAGCUUUUCUGUACUGAUGUUACGAGAAACCCAACGCAUUUUGCCGAGCACAAAGUGAUUCCGGUUGUCCAAGAUGGCUGCCAAGAAAUAGAAGAAAUUCACCCCAAAAAGUGGAUGUUUUUUUUAGGUAUAUGUCUACUACAUUAGCUCUGUAGCUAAUCACAGCUUGGUUGAUUGACUACGCUUAGCCUCUCCUUCUCUCUCAUUGGCCUUCAUCUUUUUUUGUUUUUGGUUUUGUUUUGUUUUUACAGAGUAGCUUAAAGGAAUUUCUCCUGCCAUUUCCUGAAAUCAGGAAACACAACCACACUGUGUGUGUGUGUGUGUGAGAGAGAGAGAGGGAAGAGAGAGAGAGAGAAUGUUAUAUACAGAAACAGAAUCCAUCUAUCUUAAGAUAUUUUAAACUUCACAAGACUGGACUGGUGUGUGUGUGUGUGUGUGUGUUAUAACUCCAUAACUCUCUGUAUAUAAACCGUCACUACACGCCUGCGUAGCUGUUUGUGUAUAUGCUAAUGUUUCCUGUCAGCCAGUGAGUGUUAGCUUAGCCGCACUGCCACGCGCUGAAGAAAAUGCUGUGUGAAACUUUCCAUUAAAGAAGGAGGAAUGUCA